GAACCUAGACCAGUCGCAGCCAUUUUACUCCGCGAAAUAAACUUCAAUCACACAGCUAGAGGGAAAAAAAACUAAAUACACAAGCUAAUUUCGCUGACAUUCAUGGAUAUCUCAUUGUAAACAAGACCUCGGACAGAUUCGGGGUUCAAGUCUUUGCAAUUCGGUUUGACUCCAUGGCUUAGUGUGACUCUUGACAGCAACUAGCCCGGGCGUCUCUCUCCGCUCUCCCCUACUGUCCUCUGCCACUGCAGGUAGCAGCGAGACACAACCAAAGGGACGGUGACCAGAACCCCCUGUUAGUGGCCUCCCCUCCUGAGGCAAGAUGGAGCUCCAGGCGUCUCACGGGCAGCUAGGAGCAGAGGGGGAUUGCGAGAUGUCGAGUCUGCUGUUGGCCAGUCCCCAGAGCGAGGCGGUGACCCAUGAGCUGGAGGAGCUGUCGCUGCAACCACUGCCUCCACUCAACGAACGGAAAAAUGACCAGGACUCUCAGUCUCAGACAAUGGCCUGUUUGGAGGUAGAGACCCAGAGUGACUGCACUAGGUUCAGAGCAGUCCUGCAGUUGAGGCUUCAGCAAAGGCGAACCCGGGAGCAGCUGGUGGAACAGGGCAUCAUGCCACCUCUGAAGAGCCCGGCAGCUUUCCAUGGGCAGAUCCGGAGCUUGGAGAGAGCCAGGACCGAGAAUUUCCUCAAGCACAAGAUCCGCAGCCGUCCAGAGAGAGCAGAGCUGGUCAGGAUGCACAUCCUGCAAGAGACCGGAGCAGAACCCUCACUACAGGCCACCCAGAUGAGAUUGAAGAGGGCCCGGCUUGCCGACAACCUGAACGAGAUGUUAGCCCAGAGACCCGGCCCCAUGGAGCUGGUGGAGAAAAACAUCCUGCCUGUGGAUUCCAGCGUUAAACAGGCCAUCAUCGUGGGUCAGGUGAAUUAUCCCAAAGUGUUGGAUGAAGACAGCAGCGAUGCCCUGUCCCCAGAGCAGCCGGCCAGCCAGGAGUCUCAGAAUUCUGUCCCCUCUCCCGUGGAGAACAAAGUGCCAGAAAUGCCCUCUCCAGCCCCAGCACCACCACCACCACCACCAAUGCUGCAGGCCUUCCCAGGUGCUUCACAAGCAGCAACGGACUUUAUGAAAGCGAUGUCUACCAUUGAGCAGCCUGCCAGCCGCCCAGCCAUCACUCCUGCACAGGCAUUCACCACAACUGCUCCUUCCAAACCAGGCCCAACACUGGUGAAACAAAGCCAGCAGAAGUUUCCCUCAGAGAAGAGCCGCAGUAAGAAGGGCAAAGAGCCGAAGUCCAGGGUGAAAAAGCUCAAGUACCACCAGUAUGUUCCCCCCGACCAGAAGCAGGAGGCCAGUGAAGCACCCAUGGACUCCUCUUAUGCCCGACUGCUGCAGCAACAGCAGUUGUUCCUCCAGCUGCAGAUCCUUAGCCAGCAGCAGCAGCACUACAACUACCAGACUAUAUUACCAGCACCACUUAAGCCUGUGGCCGAGGGUCAGAGCAGCAGCGCCGGCAGCCUGCCAACCUCCAUCGUGGUGUCUUUGCCCACCGCUCCUCCACCUCCCCCCGUGACUCCGGCUCCGGUUCGUCCAAACAACUCGCUCUCGAACCGCAAGCCAGGAGUGUUGCCUGCCAACCUGGAGGAGAUGAAGGUGGCUGAGCUAAAACUGGAGCUAAAGCUGCGUGGCCUCCCUGUGUCAGGAACAAAGACCGAUCUGAUAGAAAAACUGAAGCCUUUCCAGGACAAUCCCUGCACCUCUGCUCCUACCACCACCACCACCUUCUCCUCCAUGCCCAUGGAGGUCACCACCACCACCACUACAACACCCGCUAUAGUUUUUCCAGUCCAGCAAGUUGCUCCAGAGACUAUUAACCCCACACCGCCGGUCUCACCCAUUCCCACUGAUCGCUCCACACUCCAGCAGGAUGCACUUCUCCCGUCUUUCCACGUCCCGGAGGAAAAGGACAGGCGGCUCCAUGAGAAGGAGCAGCAGAUAGUGGAGUUGAUGAGGAAGCUGGAGCAGGAGCAGAGGUUGGUGGAGGAGCUGAAGAUGCAGCUGGAGGUGGAGAAGAGAGGCCAGGGUGGCUGCACCGCUGACUCUGCCUCUGUGUCUCCCAAACUCACUUCUGUACCUGCCAUGAAUCCUGUUCCCACCGUCCUGAACUCAAACGUAAUAAAAAUGGAGGGUGCAGUGUUGUCGAACUGUUCAUCCACUACACAUGCAAUCCCCAACUGUAUCCUGGGCUCGCAGACUCUCUCUCCCCUGCCAACAGUGGUCAAGUUGGAGGAUGUGACUGUUUCUUCUGUCAAGCCGCUCCAGCUCCAGACCCAAACCCAGCUCAUCAACCAGAUCCAGCCCCAAACCCAGCCCCAAAUAACCAACAGCCCACAGAUACGCUCCCCAUCACAGAGAAGUCCCAAGGUUCAGACCCAGCCACAGUCCCAACCUGCAGCCCCCAGCCUGCAGCAGUUCUUCAUCAGCCACCCAGGUGGGGUGUCCCAGGUGCUGGGUCAGCCUCAGACCUUGUUAACCACGACUGGCCAGCCUGGGAGGAUCCUCCUCCCAGUCUCGCUACCCAAAAACACUACUGCAAUCCAGCUGCCAAGCUCCGCUGUCAGCCUGCAGCCUGUUCUUCAGGCCACAGUCUCAAAUCCAGGCCUGGUCCAGGCCUCAGUUCCUCAGCUGCAAACCACUAAGAUGGAGACGGCACCCAGCCAGCAGUUAACCAACCACAACCCAUUGCUACAGACUCUGACUAUGUGCAAUAACACUACUGGCUUGGAGAACCAGACUAGGCCUGAGAUGAAUCCCCAGUGUUUCCUGAGAAGCUCCCCAGAGAACAGGGUCUCUCCACGGGCUUCUUCAUCCAACCACAACAUCUCCAACGGACCCCUCAAUAAGUCUCCUUCUCCCCAGCCUACCUUCAUCCUUCAGCCCACCUCCCUUGUUACUCAGCCUCACAAGACAAGAGAGCCUCCCCGCUAUGAGGACGCCAUCAAACAGAGCCGCAACUUGCACAUCAACAAUGUUUCACAGGUUCCCACGGCAACCAGCCAGCAAAUGGAUGACUUGUUUGACAUCCUUAUACAGAGUGGAGAAAUCACUCCAUUUAUCCAGCAGGACCCCCAUGUGUCUCUCACUAAGACAAUCCCAGUCACAGCGAGCAUCUCCACCCUGCCGGUCAACACCGCUCUCUCCAGGCCGCCUCCACAGAUCCAGGUGGCUCCUCCGCCCACCCUGAGCCCCAUCAUGGACCACGGCCUGCCCAGCCUCUCCUCGCUGGCCACAGACAAUCAGCUGGAAGCCUUUCUGGAGAACACACUGGCUGAAACGGCGCCAGCGUCAGACCCGCGCACACAGGGCCUGAUGGAGGAGCUGCAGGCCCAGCUGAUGGAGCAGCAGCCCUACUCUCCCAUGGACACAUCAGACCUGUCCUUCUGUGAUUCUUCCUCGCCCUCCUCGCUCAACAUGGGUCUGUCUGACCCAGGCCUGGACAACAUGGAGUGGCUGGACCUCACCAUGCCGCCAGGUCCUGCUGGCGCACUCACACCCCUGGGGAUCCCAACGGACUUCCUGGAUACACAAGACCUGCAGCUGCACUGGGACUGACCGAGGGGUGGAUGAGAGAAAAAGAAAUCCGGUGUGUCCAGGGAGUUGGCAGAGCAGGUCAGUCAGGAGUGAGAGAUGGAUGGAUGAAGAGAAGAAGAAAGGGAUUGGCAGCCACAAAGAGGUUGCAUUCUAACAUGUUAAAUAAGGAGAACACAUGGCAUUUCUGUGCCAUACCACUCUCACCAGUACAUCCAAACCAUCUGUAAUAUUCCCACUAUACUACAGUAAGAGAUGCUGUACAGGCAGUGCACUGAUUCAAGUUCAACUACAAGCAGGAGUUUGCACAGCUUUAAAAGACGGCCACUAAUGGCUGAACAACCACAAUAACGUCGUCACUAAGGUGAUUGUGGUCACCCAUCUUUUUAGUGAUGAAGAUUUUAAGCAGGCUAGACUUUUACAGCGUCUGAUGCGUCAUGAUUUUAAUGAUCACCUGAUUACAGGGACGAGGAGACGGAGCCAAACAAAGACUGGUCGCUCGGACUGUUUGUAAAUACUCUUUAAACCACACUAAUACAGCGUAACUUUUCCCUGGGACAGAGAGCCUGAAUAGCACCGACGGCUGAUAUUACCCGUUUAUUUCUGCUGGAGGUUCGGCCGGUUGCGAACACGGCGUUUAUUUGACUAUGUAAGCACAGUAACUCAAUGUAAAAGGGUGGAGGUGGUGUGAUGCGAAGGCGUUUGUUCCACUGAAGCAUACCGUGCCAUCCUAGGUCAUGAAAGCUGGUCGUUACAACACAAUAACCGUGUCGCUCUUAAUGACAGCUCACAGGCUCCAGAUGAAAUCUAGUCGUUAUAAACAUAAAGUUAUAGGAGCUUAGAUUCUCACUAAAAAUUCCUGCGAGGCUCGGGACACGAAUGCGUCAUGGUGUCAGUACAGACUCGGCCACUAAGCACUUCACCCGGGGAAGCUUAGACUAAACCGGUCCAAGCAGUUUGUUUCCUUUUAUGAUUGGAAGCCAGAUGGGCUCAGUCGGUCACUGAGCUAAGUUUUCAAGGGAUUUCUAACCGAGAGGAGGCCAAUCCUCUGUUCACACUGGUCCAGUCUACCACCUACUGUACGUUACAAUGUUUGCUGACUAAUCUGACUCGUUGUGUCAGAUGUGACUGUUUUCUUCUGACCUAUCGCGACCCCGCGGUCAAGCUGAUGAACCAAUGACUGUAAAGAACAAAGACGAGAGGAGGAAGCUCCUCAAUCUGUG